AUAGUUCAACACCAUUCAUAAAUUCUUCAUAAUGCUCCUAAAGGAUUUUAAAUCUCUCUUUCUUCUAAAAAAUGAAAUCUUUUUUGCUUAAAGUUUCUCUCCUUCUCUUCUUCUUGUUAAAGAUUACCAACGGAGAUGUGCUCUUCUCGUCGUUGCCACGGUCUCUUUUUGUCGUGGUCUCUACUACGGAAGGUCAAGUAUUAAAAGCCGGUGAAGAUAAUAUAACCGUUACCUUUGGAUUAAACCAAACGGUCACAAACCAAAGCGACGAAUCAUACAAGAAAGUGAAAGUAAAGCUUUGUUAUGCGCCGGUUAGCCAAAUGGAUCGAAAAUGGAGGAAAACAAAUGACAACCUAAAGAAAGACAAAACAUGUCAGUUUACUAUGUACAACAAACCUUAUGAGAGGAAUGUUGAAGGAUUUAAGUGGGAUAUUGAGAAAGACGUGCCUACGGCCACAUAUUUUGUGAGAUCAUAUGUUUAUAAUGAUGCCGAUGAAGAAAUCGCGUACGGGCAAACAACAAACGAUAAGAAGAGUGAUAACUUGUUUAUGAUUGAAGGGAUAAGCGGGCGUAGUAUGUCGAUUGAUAUUGCGUCCAUUUGUUUUUCUGCUUUUGCUUUGUUAUCACUUGUUGGUUUUUUCUUUAUAGAAAAAAGACAAUCUAAAGUCAAAAGUUGACUUGAAGUUUGCUUAAAUGGGUGAUAUAAUGUGAUAUACUCACCAUGUUUUGGAAAACCAUAGGAACUUAUUUGUACUAGACAAUUAUAAUUAUAAAAGAUAUACAUAAUACAAAAAUAUUAUAU